AUGCUGCUCAGAGGAUUACGAGCCUGUGCUGAACGUGCCUCGAAGCCGCGCACGGCAAACUUGGAUCGAAUUUCGAAGACCACCAAGGAACUGUUGGAAAGAAAAAGGGCUUUGAGGCUUGGUUCGAAUGCACCGCACAUUGAGCGAUUAGUAGCACACACUAGCUGCAGAAAAGCGUUGCAGGAGGAUCUUUUGAAGUACAGGCAGAAGAAGAUUCUAGAAGCAGCACAAAGAAGAACGAGUCUAAAGAAGUGCCGCAGGGAUCUCCGCGAAUAUAAUAUUCCGCCAGCAACCUUGUUGAGCGAAGACGGGACUCGCACGUCUUCUCGUCGUGAGAUGGAAAUCACUACGGAGAGGUUCUACUCGAACCUUUUCCGUUCAUCAACUCCUGCGUCAAGCCCAGUCAUCCCCACUGGCGAAGCUCCACCACGGAUUCUCCCUUUGGAAGUACGAGUCGCUAUCAAGAGCAUGAAACCUGGCACAGCCCCCGGACCUGAUUUUAUAUCAGCAGACUUUCUUCGGGCUGGUGGCCAUCCGCUUCAUGUAAUCUUAGCAGUGCACAUGACAUCCUAUCUUCAGAAAGAAAGGAUCCCAGACCAGUGGAAGACCUCGCGAACCGUUCUUAUCCAUAAGAAAGGUGACCUUCGGAACUGCUGUCCGAUAUGCUUGCUGAGCGUGUUAUACAACGUAUUCACUAAGAUCAUCCUCAAACGCAUAUCUAGGACGCUGGAUGAAGCCCAGUCUCAAGAACAAGCUGGAUUCCGCCAGGGUUUCAGCUGCUUGGACCACAUCCAGAUCGUGUCGAGGGUCAUAGAGGUUUGCCGGGAAUACCGCCUGCCCCUUGUUCUAACCUUUGUCGACUAUGAGAAAGCCUUUGACAGCGUAGAAACGAAUGCAAUACUGUCAGCGCUGGUCGAUCAAGGCGUGGACGAGUCGUAUGUGAGGACAUUAGCCAAUUGCUACGAUCGAUGCACGACUAGGAUACAGCUUUUCCACCGCCCUCUCACCAUAUCCAUUGGAAAGGAGGUACGACAAGGCGAUACUAUAUCGCCAAAGCUGUUUACGACUGCAUUGCAAUGGAUAAUGAAAUCACUUUCCUGGGAAGAAAGGGGCAUACGUGUUGAUGGGAGAUUUCUCUCGAACCUUCGUUUCGCGGACGACAUCGUUCUCUUUUCGAGCAGUACCAAUGAAGCAGAAAGUAUGCUCAAUGAAUUGAACGAAGCAGAGAAGAGAAUAGGACUACGAAUAAACAGAAAGAAGACACAGUUCAUGAAGAACGCCUACUACGAGGGCGGAGGAGUACAACUUGAAGGCUCCCAAAUCGUGGAAACUCCGUCAUACGUAUACCUUGGACGUUCAAUGAACAUGGAAAACGACUUGAAGGAAGAACUAAAUAGAAGAAUGAGAGCAGCAUGGGCAGCAUUCGCAGCCGUCAGGGAACGGACCAACUGA